AUGAUUGUUACUAUGAAUGAAGAAACAAAACAAAUUAUAUCAAAAUUACCUAUCUCUUCAUAUCGUAAGAAAAUAUUAAGUCAAAUAGAAUGUCUUGAAAAGACACAAUCUUUAAAAAUUAUAUUAUCUGAGAUUCAAGAUAAUGCACAAUUAUUUGAUGUUGGUGAACCAAUUGUUUUAUCAUUAAUGUAUGACUUUGGACUUAAUAAAAUAAGACUCCAAGAAAAAUUUUUUGAUGAUGAUAAUUUUUUAAAGAAAAACGGAUAUUUACAAAAAACAAAAGAAUGGUUUGCUCCUAAAGGACAAUGUUUUCCAAAUGAUUAUUUAUCUCUUAAAUUUGUUCAUUAUUGUGGUUAUUCAUUUGAAGAAGAAAGUAUUUUAAAUUUAAUGGGAAGAAACUUUAAUAGAGUUAUUUCUAUUGGAGCUUUAAAAUUAAAUAAUGGAAUUAUUAGUAAUGCACUUGAAUAUCUUAACAAAAAUUUAAUUGGAGUUAAGGAACAUUUAAGAAAUGAUUUAUCAAUGUUUAGAGGUAAAAUUCUUCCACCAAAAACUACUCUUAUGAAAGUACCAAUAUUAAGUAUUUCUCCAAAUUUCUAUUAUGAUUUGGCUUUAAGAGUUUUAAGUGAAAAUGAUAUAAUUGAAACAAUAAACAAUCCAAUACAAUUACCUAAUGAUUUAAAAGUAUGGUUUAAUGAAUUAGAAAAAACAUGGAAAAAACUUCAAACAGAAAGAGAAAAGAAAAUUGAAGAAGAAGAAAAAAUAGAGACAUGUGAAGUUUGUUAUGAAGAUAAAUUACCAGAAGAAAUGAUUAUUAAUAGAUGUGGACAUUCAUUUUGUAAAGAAUGUAUUUUUGAAUAUAUAUUAACUAGUAUGAAAGAAAAUGGUAAAGGAAUAGGAAAUUUAAAAUGUUUAAGUUCUGGAUGUAAAUGUUGUAUUUCAAUAGAUAUUGUAAGAGUAUUAGUUGAUGAUUAUACUUUCUAUAAAUAUUGUGAAUUACUUAUUAGCAGUUUUAUAGAAAGAGAUAAAGAAAUAAUUUGUAAAUAUUGUUCAAAUGAAAAAUGUGGAAAAUUAUUACACUAUAAAGGAGAAUAUUUUGGUGGAGCUGUAACUGCUAUUUGUUCAUGUCAAAAUAAUAUGUGUCUUCUUUGUGGAUCUAUUAACCACAGACCAGCUACAUGUACAAUGUGGAAAAAAUGGCAAGAAUUAAUACAAAAAGAUGGAUUAAAUCUAAAAUGGAUUCGAAAAAACUCUAGACCAUGUCCAUCAUGUAAAACAUUUAUUGAAAAGAAUGGAGGAUGUCAAUGGAUGUCAUGUUAUAAAUGUCAUUGUUUUUUUUGUUGGGUUUGUAUGCAAAUUACUAAUGACCAUCAACAUAAACCAGGACAAAUAUGUACAGCAUAUGUCCCAACUAAAGAUAAAAGUGAAUAUAUUAAUGAAGAGACAUUAAGUUAUAUCACUCAUUAUGAUCUUCAAAACGUUGGAGUAAAAGAAGCAGUAAAUAGAAAUAAAACUAUCAUUAAUAUUAUUAAUAAUAGAAAAAAUAUUGCAUCUACAUUAGCACCAUUAUAUGAAGCUUCAUUAGUAGAAAUUGAUGCACAUACAAUACUAAGAAAUCUUUUUGUUUAUAGUUAUAAUAAAAAAGAAAAAAAAGAAUUAAUUGAAUUUCAACAAAAGCAAUUUCAAUUACAUGCUGAAUUAUUAACAAAAAGAAUUCAAUUUUUGUUAAAAGUAGAAGGUAUUACUUUACAAAUGAUGAGUGAUUUAGUUCAAUUUGUAAAACCAAUUAAAGAAUCAUUUGAUAAAAUUGUUCUUUCUAUAGAAGAAGAACUUGAAGAAGAAUAA